GCACAAAAUUAAGCGAAAUUAUCGGUAUUCUGGACGCCGCACCGUCUACAUAAACCCCGAGGGUUUUACCCUUAGAAAGCAGCGUUCAAAGAAGUAGAGGAGUCCUAGAUUCUUAAUCUCAUAAACAAAAGGGUUGUAACAAUGGCUUUCUUAAGUAAAAUUGGGAAUAUACUUAGGCAGACCACAAGUACACAGAUCAAUGCUCAGUUGUCUGCAUCAAGACCAGGCCUCUUUCAAGUGUUCAGAUUCAUGUCAACGACGCCUAGCUCUAAACUUUUUGUUGGAGGUAUUUCAUACCAAACAGAUGACCAAAGUCUGAAAGAAGCUUUUAGCAAAUAUGGUGAGGUUAUUGAAGCAAGAGUAAUUGUGGAUCGAGAAACAGGAAGGUCGAGAGGAUUUGGCUUUGUCACUUACACCAGCACUGAGGAUGCUUCCAGUGCAGUACAGGCCUUGGAUGGACAGGUUCUCCAUGGCCGUCAAGUAAGAGUAAACUAUGCAGCUGAGAGAGCGCCUCGUAACUUUGGAGGUGGUGGCUAUGGUGGUGGUGGCUACAGCGGUGGCGGCGGCUAUGGAGGUGGUGGCUAUGGCGGUGGUGGCUACGGCGGUGGUAAUUAUGGAGGUGGGGGCUAUGGCAGAAAUGCUGGACCUUCUGGAGGUGAUGUUGGAUAUGGUAACAGUGGUGGCAGUGGGAACUAUGGAGGCCAAGGAAGCUACAGUGGUGGUAACUAUGGCACCGGUGGUGUUGGCUAUGGAAGUAAUUUUGGUCAAUCUGCUGCAAAUAAUUAUGAUAGUGGGAGUUUCAAUGUUGCUGGUGGUGGUGGUGGCAGUGAUAGUUUUGCUACUGGUUCAGGUGGAUAUGGAGGUGAAAAUGUUGGAUUUGGUGGUGGUGAUCAACUCGGUAGUGCUGAAGAUGGCUUCAAGGAGGAAACAGGAGGUUCUGACCAAAAUGAUCCUCUGAAUGAGAACUUCCGGGAUGAGGACAAUGAUAAUGGUGACUUCGCCAAAAGGGCAUGAACUAAGCCUUUUCGGUUGGUUGAGGGUCAACUUGUUGCUACCCUGCCUUAAUAGUAGAUUGUUCUAGUUUCCUUUUUUUUUUUUCCCUCAUCACUCUUUCUCUGAACUAAUUUUAUUUGUCAUUUAUGUGACUCUGGUCUCUCUAAACCUUGAUACUUUUGAGUGUUUCUCAUAGAGAAAACUGAAUAUUCCUUCAGGAAAAUAAUUUAUGUUCCAGGUUGCUGCUUUAUUUUCCCACCCGUCUCCUCACCUACACACACUUUUGUAAAGGUGGCUGGUUGGAAGAAAUUAGUCCUGGAGUCAUUAAUCAUUAAAAUUUUGGGAAAUUU